AUUCUCCCAACCUUGACCAACCUAAACCAACCUAAGCCGAAUAUUCUUCUGGAAACAUCCACUUUCGUACACGCGUAUGAUGGAAUACCCCGAGGUGGCCCGUCAAAUGCCAGGUGUGCAUAGCAUGGCAUGGCAUGGCAUAACCGAUGAAAUCUUUAGUUGCCUCCGGCUGCGUAAGCGGUUUAAGGUUUGUAUAAAGCUUGGCCCGGCUCUGCUUCAUCUAACGGACUUUGGCUAUGUUGGUAUACUACACCCUUGACCAAGCGCCUAUAUAAGUGAUUCCAUUUGAUAUCUCUUUGGUUAGUUCCGGACACUCACUACACACAUAUAAACGAGUGCUAUUUCUGCCUGUCUCCGUCUAUCACUUACAACCCACAACUAUCGUGAGAUCCUAUAUAACUGGUGGUUUCGAUUUCUCAACUCAUCUCACUAGAGCUCCUUCUCUCAGCUCACUACUCAACUAUAUACUCCAGUUCAUUACAGUUAUCAGACUACCUACGAAAAUGAAGGUCUCAUCUCUCCUCACUCUCUUCGCGGCCACCGCCGCAAUGGCCCAGUCCCAGAGCGGCAGCUCUGCAGCUACAGGCGCCUCUGCUACGGCUGACAGCACCAACGCCGGGUCCAGUGCUGCCGCGGAAGCUUCUAGUUCCAGCACCGCUGCUGGUGCUAGUGCUGCUGCCUCUGUCGCUGCCACUGCAAGCAGCUCAAGCGCUGCAGUCGCCGCAUCGAGCAGCACUAGCAGCACUACCUCUACCGCCGUCGUCGCCACUCUCGCCACAGUUGCUACAGUUGUUUCGGCUGCUUCUAGCAGCUCGUCCUCGACCGCAUCCGUUCCCACCGUCGCAUCUAUCGCAACAGGAACUGGUGUGACUGUUUCUGCCCUCGCUAGUGGUACCGCUGGUACAAUUGGUACCGGCGCUGCCUCCGCCUCUUUCAGCUCUGCCGCAGGUGUCAACGCUACUCUACUCACGAGCGCUACGGGUAGUGGCGAGGCUACUGCUACGCCUACUGGCCCGACCACCACGUUCGACACUGGCGACUCCGCGACGUCGACUGGAACUGCCGUGCCAGAAUCGGGCGCAUUCCAAACCGGCAGCAACAGCAUGCUCGCUCUUGUCGGCUUCGCCGCUGUAUUCUUGCUCUCUUAAGCGGAGUAGCGUACAGACGAAUACAACACGCGGACCCGAGUACCGGCUUACCACCAUAUGCUUAGUCUUUUACCUGGAUAUGUGGCAUCUAUCCGCUUACUAAAUUCUGAAUUUUCUUUCGAUUACUUGUGGUCACAAACAUACCAGCCGAACCAGGCAGGCCCUCGGGAGGCUGGUGGGCUUGGUUAACUCCAGUCGUUCGUCAUCACACCUCUUUUUCUAAUCUAAUUUGGUCGGAUCUAAGCUUUUUUUUUAUUAUACUUUUGAAAUAAAAAGUUGGAUGGUGGUGACGUGUGGUCUCGGCUUAAUGGUGGUAAAUUGGCACAAGGUCCCGGUCAGCAUCGGCAGGCGUUGCGGCAACAUUCUUUGAAAUUAGACUUGACAUUUGGGACACCCCGAUUACCCCUACCCUCGACCGGCUUGGCUUCUCGGAUAGAUGAGCUUAUGGUUGAGGUUGCUUUUUUUGGAUGGUUAGGAAACUUGGUUACUUGUAAUUACCCCUAUUUAGAGUUGAGAGUUGCUUCGGCUGGUUUAAUAGGGUUUGGUAUAAGUAGUUUGGUUCAACGAAUAGAAUUGUUGAUGUUAUAAUAUGAUGAAUUAACUUA